CAGCUGGCUGCCUGCCUCUGCGGGCCGGGCCGUGCCUGCCCCAGACCCUAUAAGGCCUGGUAGCCGAGAGCAGAGCCGGCUGCCAGCCGUGCCUCCUGUGGCUCCGAGGGGCCCUCACUCACUCCAGCUGCUUAGGGUAUCAUCACCAUGUCUGCCCCAGACAAAGGAGGCCGGGAUCCUCCCAAACCCAAGGGCAAGACCCUGGGGAGCUUCUUCGGGUCUCUGCCUGGCUUCAGUUCUGCACGGAACCUGAUGGCCGGCGCCCACAGUUCAGCGAAAGAGGCCCGGCCCGUCGCAGAUCCCACAGGUGCCUCUGCCCAGCCCCAGACUGAGGCAGUCACCAACCUGGACCCGACGGAGUGCGGGGAGAAGCUGCUGCCGCCUUCGGAUAAGAUGAUCUCUGGGGCAAAGGACCUGGUGUGCUCUAAGAUGACCAAGACCAAGGGUGCCAUCUCCUCCGGUAUGGCCAACAUGGUGGACACAGCUAAAGGUGUGGUGCAGGGAGGCCUAGACAUGACCCGGUCUGCACUCAUGGGCACCAAGGAGACUGUGGCCACUGGGGUCACAGGUGCAGUGGAUGUGGCCAAGGGUACUGUCCAGACUGGCCUGGAUACCACCAAGACUGUCCUAACAGGCACCAAGGACACUGUAUGCAGUGGCAUGACAGGUGCCGUGAAUGUGGCCAAAGGAGCUGUCCAGACUGGCAUGGACACCACCAAGACCAUCAUCACAGGCACCAAAGAUGCAGUGUCCACUGGGGUGACAGGGGCAGCAAACAUGGCCAAGGGAGCUGUGCAAACUGGGAUCAACACGACCCAAAACAUUGUCACAGGCACCAAGGACACUGUGUGCAGUGGGGUGACUGGUGCCAUGAACGUGGCCAAAGGAGCUGUCCAGACUGGCAUGGACACUACCAAGACCGUCCUGACUGGCACCAAGGAUACAGUGUCCACUGGGCUCACUGGGGCAGUCAACAUGGCCAAGGGCACCAUCCAGACUGGCCUGGACACCACCAAGACUGUUGUGACAGGUACCAAGGACACCAUGUGCAGUGGAGUGACCAGUGCCAUGAAUGUGGCCAAAGGAGCUGUCCAAGGAGGUAUGGACACCUCAAAGACUGUCCUCAUGGGCACCAAAGAUGCAGUGUCCACGGGGAUGACAGGGGCAGUGAACAUGGCCAAGGGCACCAUUCAGACUGGCAUGGACACCACCAAGACUGUCCUGACGGGCACCAAGGAUGCAGUGUCCACUGGGCUCACUGGGGCAGUCAACAUGGCCAAGGGCACCGUGCAGACUGGCCUGGACACCACCAAGACCGUCCUCACGGGCACCAAGGACACCGUGUGCAGUGGGGUGACCGGUGCCAUGAAUGUGGCCAAAGGAGCUGUCCAGACUGGCAUGGACACCACCAAAUCUGUCCUGACGGGCACCAAGGAUACAGUGUCCACUGGGCUCACUGGGGCAGUCAAUAUGGCCAAGGGCACCGUCCAGACUGGCCUGGACACCUCAAAGACCAUCCUGACUGGCACCAAGGACACCAUAUGCAGUGGCAUGACUGGUGCCAUGAACGUGGCCAAGGGCACCGUCCAGACUGGCCUGGACACCUCAAAGACUGUCCUGACUGGCACCAAAGACACCCUAUCUACUGGGCUCACAGGCGCACUGGGUGUGGCCAAGGGCACUGUUCAGACUGGCCUGGACACCACCAAGACCGUCCUCACAGGCACCAAAGACACUGUGUCCACAGGGCUCACAGGUGCAGUGGGUGUGGCCAAGGGCACUGUCCAGACUGGUCUAAACACCACCAAGACUGUCCUGACGGGCACCAAGGACACUGUGUGCAGUGGGAUGACCGGUGCCAUGAAUGUGGCCAAAGGGGCUGUCCAAGGAGGUCUGGACACCUCAAAAACCAUCCUGACUGGAACCAAAGAUGCAGUGUCCACUGGGGUGACAGGGGCAGCAAACAUGGCCAAGGGAGCUGUGCAAACUGGGAUCAACACGACCCAAAACAUCGUCACAGGCACCAAGGACACCGUAUACAGUGGGGUGACCGGUGCCAUGAACGUGGCCAAAGGAGCUGUCCAGACUGGCAUGGACACCACCAAGACCGUCCUGACUGGCACCAAGGAUACAGUGUCCACUGGGCUCACUGGGGCAGUCAACAUGGCCAAGGGCACCGUGCAGACUGGCCUGAACACCUCAAAGACUGUCCUGACUGGCACCAAAGACACCCUAUCUACUGGGCUCACAGGCGCACUGGGUGUGGCCAAGGGUACUGUUCAGACUGGCCUGGACACCACCAAGACCGUCCUCACGGGCACCAAGGACACCGUGUGCAGUGGGAUGACUGGUGCCAUGAACGUGGCCAAAGGAGCUGUCCAGACUGGCAUGGACACCACCAAGACUGUCCUCACGGGCACCAAAGAUGCAGUGUCCACUGGGCUCACUGGGGCAGUCAACAUGGCCAAGGGCACCGUGCAGACUGGCCUGGACACCUCAAAGACUGUCCUGACUGGCACCAAAGACACCCUAUCUACUGGGCUCACAGGCGCACUGGGUGUGGCCAAGGGUACUGUUCAGACUGGCCUGGACACCACCAAGACCGUCCUCACGGGCACCAAGGACACCGUGUGCAGUGGGAUGACUGGGGCAGCAAACAUGGCCAAGGGAGCCCUGCAAACUGGGCUCAAUACGACCCAAAACAUCGUCACAGGCACCAAGGACACUGUGUGCAGUGGGGUGACCAGUGCCAUGAACGUGGCCAAAGGAGCUGUCCAGACUGGCAUGGACACCACCAAGACUGUCCUGACGGGCACCAAAGAUGCAGUGUCCACUGGGCUCACUGGGGCAGUCAACAUGUCCAAGGGCACCGUGCAGACUGGCCUGGACACCACCAAGACCGUCCUCACGGGCACCAAGGACACCAUGUGCAGUGGGAUGACCGGUGCCGUGAAUGUGGCCAAAGGAGCUGUCCAGACUGGCAUGGACACCACCAAGACUGUCCUCACAGGCACCAAAGAUGCAGUGUCCACUGGGCUCACUGGGGCAGUCAACAUGGCCAAGGGCACCGUGCAGACUGGCCUGGACACCUCAAAGACUGUCCUGACUGGCACCAAAGACACCCUAUCUACUGGGCUCACAGGCGCACUGGGUGUAGCCAAGGGCACUGUUCAGACUGGCCUGGACACCACCAAGACUGUCCUGACAGGCACCAAGGACACCGUGUGCAGUGGGAUGACUGGUGCCGUGAAUGUGGCCAAAGGAGCUGUCCAAGGAGGUCUGGACACCUCAAAGACCGUCCUGACUGGCACCAAAGAUGCAGUGUCCACUGGGGUGACAGGGGCAGCAAACAUGGCCAAGGGAACCCUGCAAACUGGGCUCAGUACAACCCAAAACAUCAUCACAGGCACCAAGGACACCAUGUGCAGUGGGGUGACCGGUGCCAUGAACGUGGUCGAAGGAGCUGUCCAGACUGGCAUGGACACAUCAAAGGCCCUCCUGACUGGCACCAAAGACACUGUGUCCACAGGACUCACAGGUGCAGUGGGUGUGGCCAAGGGCACUGUCCAGACUGGUCUGAACACCACCAAGACUGUCCUGACAGGCACCAAGGACACUGUGUGCAGUGGGGUGACCGGUGCCAUGAAUGUGGCCAAAGGAGCUGUCCAGACUGGCAUGGACACCACCAAGACUGUCCUGACUAGCACCAAGGAUACAGUGUCCACUGGGCUCACUGGGGCAGUCAACAUAGCCAAGGGCACCGUCCAGACUGGCCUGGACACCACUAAGACCGUCCUGACGGGCACCAAGGACACCGUGUGCAGUGGUGUGACUGGUGCCAUGAAUGUCGCCAAAGGAGCUGCCCACACUGGCAUGGACACAUCAAAGGCCAUUCUGACUGGCACCAAAGAUGCAGUGUCCACUGGGCUCACCGGUGCAGGGAGUGUGGCCAAAGAGGCAGUGCAAACCGUCCAGAAUUGGUUCCCCGGUACCCAGGACAGUGUCUGGAGUGGACUCACCAGUUACAGAGCCGCAGGCAAUGGUGGGGAACAGGCCAUCCUGAGACCCCAGGAGGCUCUGUCCUCUGGGUUAUCCAGUGCCCCAGACACUCUCUGCACAAGUCUGGACCUUGCCAGGGAAGCCACUGCUGUGGCAACAGGCACCCACAGGGCCCCCCUGGGCAGGGAGAAUGCAGGACACGAAGGAGCCAUGAGCUUCGCGACUCUGCGGGACGAGCUGGGGGAGCUGGGGGAGAUCUUCUGUCCCAUGGAUGCCGAGGAGCAAGCUCAGCUUGCUGCCUCCGAACCUGGGCCAAAGGUGCUCACGGCUGACCGUGGCAGCUACUUCGUGCGUCUGGGCGACCUGGCUCCCCGCUUCCGGCAGCGGGCGUUCGAGCACGGCCUGAGCCACCUGCAGCACGGCCAGUUCCAGGCCCGGGCUGCGCUGGCCCAGCUGGAGGAGUCCUUCGAGCUGAUUGAGAAAGCCAAGCAGGCUCCAGAAGGCCAGUCAUGGGUGGACCAGGGGCUGAGCAGCAGAGUGGAGGAAGGUGCUCCGCAAGAGGUGCUGGACUCCAGGGCUCUGUCCAGGGCCUGCGGCCUCAUCCAGCAGCUGCACGUGGCCUACAGCACCCUGGCCUCCAGCCUCCAGGGCCUCCCCUCUGAGCUCCAGCAGCAGGUUGGGCGGGCACGCCACGGCCUCUGUGAGCUCUAUGGCCUCGUCUCCUCGGCCGGUUCCGUGGGAGAGCUGCCGGCAGAGCGCCUGGCCCAGAGCCGCGGGGCGGUGGGCCAAGCCUGGCGGGAGCUGGAGCAGAUGCUGGAGAGUGUGCAGCACGGCCCGCCGCUCUGCUGGCUCGUGGGGCCCUUUGCCCUGCACCCCACUGGGCAGCAGCUGUAGGUCCCUCCUGCCCACAGAGCCCUCUGUAGAGCCUUCUCCCCAGCCCCAAACCAGCUCCAACUCCCCGAAGGUCUAGACUCUGCCAGCUGGUGCUGCUUGGCACCCACGGGGGCACGGAGGACUUUUGAGUCUGGCCAUGCCACGCACCCAGCUCUGGCCCCGCCUAUGCCGUCCACCCUUUCUUCCCAAGCACCGCUGGGCCUUCUCCUGGCCUAGGCGCCCCGGGCUGCGCAGACGGCUGACAGAGGGCCUUCCCCUGACAGUCUCAAGCAAGCCCUCCAAUUAGGAGGAGAAGUGGAAACAUCCCUAGAUCUAGAAGGUUCUCCACUCAGCAGCCUCCACUAGGCGCCCCUUUAUCUCUGGGGCACCCCAACCUGGGUCUUUUAGCUACCGGUGUAGCUGGUGCUCCUCUACCCUGGGCUCCCAGAGCCCCGUCCUCACUCCAGAAGCACACACCCGGCCCUCAGCAAACCGAGUUCCAUGUACCAGAAGGAACCAGAAUGCUACUGUCACCUGCACAGGCUCCUACCGCCUCUGCUGACGUCCAGUGCGGCCAAGGGGCUCUGAGAGGGUGAAGCCGCAGCAGCCGCAACAGCCGCGCUGGCCCAGAUGGGGGACCGGACUGGGCCUCGGCUCACCCCCAGAGCUGAUGUUUUGUGGUUCCCAAGGCCCUGGGCUGAGGAAGAAGUGAGAGGGUUCCCCCGUGGGGGAUGGGGCCCUGGGGGUAUAUGACAAAAUGUGCUCAACGCGGUCCCACGCCCACCCCAGGCUGGAGAACAGGGGCCAGGAAGCAUGCAGGGUCCCCUCCUUCCCGGCCACACUGUCCCUAAAUGCCCAGGGCAGCCACGCAAGGUGGGUGGCAUGUGGGGAAGCUGAGGCUCCCCUUCACUGGGCCUCCCCUGUCCUCCAGCUGGGGGGAGCCCAGCCAAGCAAGCCCCCGCUUCCCAGAACCUGUAUCCCACCUACAACCCCCCAUCGGGCUCCCUCCCUCCCUCAAGGAAGGCUUGAGGCGCCCUCAUACCAGCCCCUUCUCAGAAACAAUGGGGUGUUCCAAGCUCAGGACACGAGGCCAGCCUUCCCCAAAGGGUCACUGUUGGCUCCCAGCCAUGGUGAGACCUGUGUGACGGGUCAGGAAGCCCCUUGGGCCUGUCCCUCCUCAGUCUCCGUCACAGGCAGAGGCGCUGGGCGCAGAGCCAUUCGUGCAAACUGAGCCGUCGCUGGAGCUUCAACCCAGCCAGCACACACGGAGGGACGCCAGGCUCUGAAGUCCCACACCCACCACGGCCUUGGCUGAGACGGAGGCACCUGACCGGGGCGGGGCGGACACACAGUGGACGCCACUGCUGAUGCAGGUGCCUGGCCCGGGACUGCACACACUGUCCAAAUCCCUGUGCCGGCCCUGGGAGCCUGGGGUCACUUUACAGGUGAGGAACGAGAAGCCCAGAGCGGGAGGGACACUUGUCCAAGGUCACAGAACAAGGCCUGCCCCCCAACGCUUACACCCUCUGAACAUCAAGGACAAUGGCUAGCCCAUAGCAACUCCCGAACCCUGAAUGGCUUCAGCGCCCCAAGCGGCUGCUGCGGGGGACCCAGGUCUCACCGGCAGCCCGGCUAGGAGAAGGAACGGGGAGCAAGGCCCUGCGAGAGUGUCUGGGCCCUGGGCUGCCGCAUGCGAGAAUCAGACCACAGCCUCCGCCUGAGCCUUCGUUACGUUUAAAACGGCCUCCCACCUCCCCUCUCCUUCACCGCCAGCCUUGCAGGCCCAUGCCGGGCAGAGACAGUGUCAGAACCGAGUUCACAUUUGCUGUGAACGGUGACUUUGUGGCUUAAACCUUCUGUCCCUGGACAGCUGCACCAGCAACCCUAGAAAAUCGAACCAAUAAAAAUGACUUUCAUUAAAAAAA